AUGAAUCCUUUGCAAAAGAACAAGGUCGAUAUUGCAUCCCUCUCCCCAGAUGAGCAACGACUCUUCCGUCUCUAUGGAAAACUCCCCAGCAAAGCCGAUCAUCUAGCCAAACAACUCAAGGAACGUAAAUACUUCGACUCUGGCGAUUAUGCACUCUCCAAAGCCGGCAAAGCCUCUUCUGUCGAUACUGGCAGCGUUGGCUCCGAACACCCUCUUCCAGAAAAUAUCCCGCAUCUCUCGUCUCCCAGCGUUAGCAGCGCCGCACAAGGUGGUUCUGGCAAUACAAAUGUUGGUCCUGGAUCCGCACAUCAUGGCAGUAUUGCGGGAUUGGGAUUGGGUCAACAAAGUGGAAGUCCAGUGAAGGAAAGCAGUUUUUUGCAUCGGGAGACGAGUGUUGAUGAGUCAGACAAGAAGAAUGAUGAAAACACACAGCAAGCAGGGGAUGGUAGUGUCAGUCCACCGCCGGUCAAGGGAGGUAUUCCAAUCAACGGUUGA